UCGGAGCCAAUCGCGGCGCCAGUGGCCGGCGAGGAGGCGUGACCCGCUCCGGCGCGGGGAGGGGUGUGUGCGGGAUCCCGGGGCGCGGAGCAUCUCUCGGGCUCGUCUGCGCCAGGCCGCGUUCGUGGUGCCGCUUCGCUUCUGUGAUUCUGUGACUCUCCCUCACCGCCAGCUGGGCCGCUCGAUUCCUUCUCUCACGCGGCCAUGUCGUCGCCGUACUCUGGAGAGCGGUACGAGGAGGAGGAGGAGGAGGACGGGACCUACGAGAGCCACGCCAAGCGGCUGAAGCCCAGCACGGCCGCUGAGGAAGGCGAAAUCGAAUACAGCGGGGCGGAGGAGACCGAGAGCCGGCGGGACAAGCCCGGCCAGCCGCGCGGAGGGGGCUUCUCGGGCGGGGAUGCAGGGGGAAGCCACCACAAAGUUUCCGUUUCUCCUGUCGUCCACGUCCGAGGGCUGUGUGAAUCAGUUGUGGAAGCAGACCUCGUGGAAGCCCUUGAAAAAUUUGGAACCAUAUGCUACGUGAUGAUGAUGCCGUUCAAGCGCCAGGCCCUGGUGGAGUUUGAGAGCGUGGAGAGCGCCAAGAAGUGCGUGACCUUUGCGGCAGAGGAGCCUGUCUACAUCGCCGGGCAGCAGGCCUUCUUCAACUACUCCACCAGCAAGAGGAUCACCCGGCCAGGCAACACCGACGACCCAUCUGGGGGCAACAAAGUGCUCCUCCUGUCAAUCCAGAAUCCUCUCUACCCCAUUACAGUGGAUGUGCUGUACACUGUGUGCAACCCUGUGGGCAAAGUUCAGCGCAUUGUGAUAUUCAAGAGGAAUGGAAUACAAGCUAUGGUUGAGUUCGAAUCGGUGUUCUGCGCGCAGAAGGCGAAGGCGGCGCUGAACGGAGCCGACAUCUACGCAGGGUGCUGCACGCUGAAAAUCGAGUAUGCACGGCCAACUCGACUUAAUGUCAUUAGGAACGACAACGAUAGCUGGGACUACACUAAGCCAUACCUGGGCCGACGAGACAGAGGGAAGGGCCGCCAGAGGCAAGCUAUUUUGGGAGAGCACCCAUCCUCAUUUAGACAUGAUGGUUAUGGCUCCCACGGGCCUUUGCUGCCCUUGCCAAGCCGCUACCGAAUGGGAUCUCGGGACACUCCGGAGCUGGUUGCUUAUCCCCUGCCCCAGGCAUCCUCCUACUACAUGCACGGAGGCAAUCCUUCUGGGUCGGUCGUCAUGGUCAGUGGGCUGCAUCAGCUGAAGAUGAACUGCUCGAGGGUCUUCAACCUCUUCUGCUUGUAUGGCAACAUCGAGAAGGUGAAAUUCAUGAAGACUAUUCCAGGCACAGCACUGGUGGAAAUGGGGGAUGAGUAUGCUGUGGAAAGGGCUGUCACACACCUCAACAACGUCAAGCUGUUCGGAAAGAGGCUCAAUGUCUGCGUUUCCAAGCAGCACUCAGUAGUCCCAAGCCAGAUCUUUGAGCUGGAGGAUGGCACGAGUAGCUACAAGGACUUUGCUAUGAGCAAGAACAAUCGCUUCACCAGCGCUGGCCAGGCCUCCAAGAACAUCAUCCAACCGCCCUCCUGCGUGCUGCACUACUACAACGUCCCCCUCUGCGUCACCGAAGAGACCUUCGUUAAGUUGUGUGAGGAUCAUGAAGUUCUGGGCUUUAUUAAAUACAAAGUGUUUGAUCCAAAACCUUCUGCCAAAACACUCUCUGGGCUGUUGGAAUGGGAAUGUAAGACAGAUGCUGUGGAAGCUCUUACUGUACUUAAUCACUACCAGAUAAGAGUCCCAAAUGGCUCAAACCCUUACACCUUGAAGCUUUGCUUCUCUACAUCAUCCCAUUUAUAGAGAUGAGGACAGCAUGUUCAGAGCUACCUUCACCUGGAUUUGCAAGUCUCAAUCUCCACUCUGUUCACAAAGCUCCACAAGUGGUUGUUGUAAUGUUGCCUUGUUUCCACUCAAUUCUAAUCUCUUUGCUCUUGUUUUAUAAUAAAUGGAUGUUCCUUCAGAAAUACAACAACAACCAACCAGAUUUCCACCCCCCACCACCACCUGUUUUGGCCUCGGAGAGAAGUCUUGUCCUGAGCUUACUACAAAGUUGGUAUUUUCUUAGUGUAGUCUCUUCAGAUGUUUAAAGAAGCAGCAGGAGUAGAAACUUCUUCCUCAAAGAAAGAAGAAAUAUAUUUGCAUUUUCAAGAACGUUAAAGACUAGCAAAGUAUUUUUCCAUUUGUAGGCUUUCAUUGGCAGGUAGGACUCAGUAGGGGGGAAUUGGAACUGUAGGACUUGGGGUUUGUUGUUUUAUUUUCAGUCUGUUAAGUAGUGAAUUGUUACAAUACUGCUACUACUACUACAAAAAAAAACCCCAAGCCCAAACCCUUGUAUUUAUAAAAUGCUUUCAUCAGGUUCAUGUUGCACAUAACCCAGGACUGACUUGGUUUCCAGUUCAAACAAAGCUAACAGAGAAAAUGAUGAAGCUUUGUACGUGUUGAUGGUGUGAGUUCAUACAUACUUAAAGUGCUCUGAGGGCUCUUUUGUUUGGAAUUGAUCACCCAAACACAAGUAACUCUUCUCCAUUUGCAUUAGCACGAUGCCAUCUACGGCUGGCCCCACCUCAAGAGCCUUUGAAAAACGACAGCUGCGAGCCUGUACCGAUGUGUUCAGCCUCAUUUCCCAGCAUUUAAACUUCAGUCUUUGGUGUUUAACAUCUCCUCUGGCCUCUAUUUUUUUUCUCUUGUUUAAAGCGAGUGGUUAUGGCGUACCAAAUGCUAACAGUUGGCUGUGUGAGAAGAUUGAUUGCAACAGAAACCAAGGCAGGAGAACAAAAAGCAGGUCCCACCAUACACCAGAGGAGGGCCACGAGGAUGAGCAGAGGGCUGAAGCUGCUCUGCUAUGAGGAGAGACUGAGGGAGUGUUGGGGCUGUUCAGUCUGGAGAGGAGAAAGCUCUGAGGUGACCUUCUUGUGGCCUUCCAGUAUCUCAGAGGGGCUACGAGAAAGCUGGGGAGGGACUUUGUAGGCUGUCAGGUGGUGAUAGGACUGGGGGGAAUGGAUCCAAGCUAGAAAUGGGUAGAUUCAGACUGCAUGUUAGGAGGAAGCUCCUCACUGUGAGGAUGGUGAGAGCCUGGCACAGGUUGCCCAGGGAGGUGGUGGAAACCUUAUCCCUGGAGGUGUUUAAGGCCAGGCUGGAUGGGGCUCUGGACAGCCUGACCUAGUGUGAGGUGUCCCUGCCCACGGCAGGAGGGCUGGAACUGGAUGAUCCUUGCAGUCCCUUCCAACCCUGACUGAUCCUAUGAUUCUGUACUGCCUCAUCCCUGGACAAUUCCUGUGGUGUUUUUUUUUGUCUGAUUUACCUCCAGCAUGUCUUUUGCUCAGGAAAAGAUUGCCAGGGGGAUUACAGCUGGUUGGCCUCUCGCUUGCACUGAGGGUACCUGGGUGGCGUUCAGAUAUUGCAGUGAAAUCACUGAGGGCAGAAAUCUCUGCCGAGGGAAGGUGAUUUGUUCUGCCUUUGGUUUGCUUUGUGCUUGGAAAGCUCUGCUCUCUCUUCUGGAGCUAGAUUCAGUGUUUUCCCUAGGCUAAGCCCCCAGAAAUUGGGUUCCAGGUAGGGAAAUCCAGGAGGUGUUGUCCUAGGCUGUGUUUGUUCCCCUUUCUGAAUUUGCAGCAAAGCGUUCAGGGCCUCUUUGAGUUCUGCUCUCGGUGACCAGAGAGAAGUUAUUUGCUCAGACAGCUUCCAUUUGGUGAUGUCAGUUCUGUCUCUACAGAUUUGAUCCUUCCCCAUCCCUUAUUGCUGCAGUUUGGAUGCAGACUGUGGGCACUGCACCUAGGUGUUGCCCCUGCUGAAUUUCAAGGCAGAUAAAUACACCUUAUCCUUCAAGAGUAAACCCUGCCAGCUGCCCUCUAGGUUUCCUCAUCAUUGCCCUGUCUACCUCCAUUCUCUUCCUGCUUCAGGUAACGAGUAUUUCAGGUAUUCAAACCCUGCCUCUAGUACGUCUGACCUGGGAACUGAAGGACAGGCUGCUUUUGGCAGCGCUAAGGUUCAGAAUGGUGCCAGGCUCCUGUCAAACAGACCUGCAUUUUAGGGGCACUCUUUCAAACUGAGCAUUUUUCCUACAGAAAACUGCUUGCAAGAGAGCUCCAGCACACAAGGCUGUGGGCCAGAGCUUGCUACCUGCCAACAGCAAAGCUGGGCACUGAAGAAAUGUGUGCUGCCUGGUGUUUAAACCGAAAUGUCUCUGCCAAUCAUUGAUUUCCCUUCCAGCGCCUCGAAUGUGCUGUGGAAACCUGCUCCUUCUGUCAGAGCUUGCACUGCUGUUUGUAUUCAUGUCAUUUCAAGUAGUCAAGUUGUUUGUAGUUGAGCAUUAAAAGUAGUCUGUUAA